CCUCAACGCGCUGGCUGGAUCGGCUCGUAUCCACAACUGAAAAUUUAUUUCCAGAGCAGCAUCAACAUUUUGGUGGUGUAGAACCAAGAGUCAUGUACAUCAGCAGCGGGAGUGUUGCAGUGAUGACCCAGACAGUUCAGACUAAUGGGGUUCAACCCCUCAGUAAGACCUGGGAGCUGAGCCUCUAUGAGUUACAGAGAACUCCUCAGGAGGCUAUAACAGAUGGGCUGGAGAUAGCAGUGUCACCCAGGUCCUUGCACAGUGAACUAAUGUGUCCUAUCUGUCUGGACAUGUUGAAGAACACAAUGACAACCAAAGAAUGUCUGCACCGUUUCUGCGCUGAUUGUAUCAUCACAGCUUUGAGAUCUGGUAACAAAGAGUGUCCAACCUGUCGUAAGAAGCUGGUGUCAAAGAGGUCACUGCGUCCAGACCCAAAUUUUGAUGCUCUGAUUAGUAAGAUUUAUCCCAGCCGUGACGAGUAUGAAGCCCACCAGGAGAGAGUGUUGGCGCGCAUUAGCAAACACAACAACCAGCAAGCCCUUUCCCACAGCAUAGAAGAGGGGCUGAAGAUACAGGCCAUGACCAGACUUCAGCGCGGUAAGAGACACACGGUGGAGAAUGGAAGUGGAGCUGAGGACAAUGGAGACUCGUCCCACUGUAGCAACGCAUCUGUUCACAGCAACCAGGAGGCAGGUCCAAGCAUCAAGCGCACCAAGACGAGCGAUGACAGCGGUUUGGACAUGGACAAUGCUGCUGAGAACGGGGGCGGGGACUCUGUGAUUGAUGGGGGAGCCAGUGAAAUAGAGCUGGUUUUCAGGCCACAUCCCACCCUGAUGGAGAAAGAUGACGGCCAUAACAGUGUGGAGUUUGUCCCUCGCUACAUCAAGACAUCUGGUAACGCCACCGUGGAUCACCUGUCCAAAUACCUGGCCGUGCGACUAGCUUUGGAGGAGCUCAGAAGAAACGCUGAGGCCAGUCCUGUUAAUGUGGAGGCAGCUUCAGAGAAACAAUACACCAUCUAUAUACCAACUGCUGGAAACCAGUUCACUGUUCUCAACGGUUCUUUCUCCCUGGAGCUUGUCAGUGAAAAGUACUGGAAGGUGAACAAACCCAUGGAGCUCUACUUUGCCCCUACGAAAGAACACAAGUAGAAGCACGCCAGUCUAUACACAUGCAUACAUGCAAACACACAUACACACUCACCAGUAUGAGGUAAACAGAUGGACUUGGCUACACCUGUGCACACACGAAGUAAGAGGAGGAGGAGGUGGAAAUGUGUCUGAAGGAGACGAGGGGCUUUGGUGAAACCCUCAAAAGGACUCUUGUAAAAAGGAAAAAAAACUCCUGUUUUAUAUUCUCUGUAUCUUUCUCCGUGUCUCUUCCUAUCUUUGUCUGUAGAAGGUAGCAGGUCAGUACAGCAGCCAGCAGGUACAAGUAAGAUGGAAUGGACUGCUUCAUGUGUACAACAGUGGCUGUAGGCUCUGUCCUACUCUGAAAACCAGGGUCCAUUCACAGACUGAGCUAGCACUGUGCUGUUUCCAUGUGAGAACAAUGUAUUUGCCUGUAUUUGUAUUCAGUAAAGGCCCCUUUAAACUGUGCUGUUUUCAAAGUCCUGAGAGACAUGUGUUUGUUUGUUUUUUUUUCAAGUCAGUGAUGGAUUUCUUGUCUAAAGCCCAGCCCAGACACAAACUUUGCAACAAGAUGACACAGCUCUUGGACAUUACAGGCCAAGUGCAGUGACCACUUUUAGAAAGUAGCAUUAUGUAGUGUAUAUUUUUCUCAGUAUUUAUGGGCUGUAGCUCACAUGUCACUAAAAAGUACAGCGUUAUUAUCAGUCUUGCUUCUAGUGAAAUGCUGAUUUAGUUUUUUUUCCUCUUUUUCAGAGGUGACACCAACUGCUCUGGGAAUUCCUUCUUUUUUUUUUUUUGUAUUCUAUGUUUGAGCUGGGCUUUAGAUCAGACUGUGACAUUCAACCAGUAACUGUGAUUACAGGUUUGCUCAAAGUGUUUGGAUCAAAUUCUCAUAAUGUCACUGUUCCUGCAAACAGUACACAACAUGAAAUGACACAAAAUACAUUGGCUUGAAAUUGAAGGAUUUCUUUUUCCCCUCUACAUUGUUAUUUAUUCUCCAUUUUGUGUUUGGUUAACAAAGAAAUCUUCAUUAUAAGAAAGAACUGUUUUUAAGUCAGCCCACGCAUCAUGCUGUUUGUGAUCACUGUCAUACAAAUUUAUGAAACAACCUUUUAAUAUGAUGCAUAUGAACAAUAAAAGGUAAAUAUCUCUUGAUUGACAUGAUUAAAUUGCACAAAUAUCUGUUCAGUUUCUUACAGCUUAAGGGUGAAAGUAAAUCCACAUGAUUCAUGGAUAUAUUUGAUGAUUAACAUGAUAAUGAUCCGUUUUUAGGCUCCAUCAAUGGGACAUGAACCCACUUUGAAGGUUAUAUAAUGCACAGUGUAAAGGGGCUUUUAGGAAACGUCUUUGUAAUGAAUACUAGAAGGGAACAUGCGUUCAUGCUGAUGAUCUUGGCUGUUCACAAUCAG